GUAAACAUAGUAAGCGUUGCCAGUGACAUCCUCAGGUGUCAGGGACUUGCGAAAUACGGUGCAAACAAAAAAGUGAAGUUCUUGAAGUGGUCACCAGUCGCUGGCAGUUUUAUUUACAUUAUUUCUCUCCCACGCCUGGCCGCCAGUCUUGCACAUCACAGUCAAUUUUAAUCACUGAGUGCGACACGCAUGGGAAUAGCGGGCCAGUUAGGUUUGCUCUUACUCAAGGGGUUAACACAGCAGCUUAGAUAUGCGGUUGUUCUAGGAGUGAAGGUGGCAUGGCCGCUCGCCAUCUUUACAGCGGUGGUGGUGGUGAGAGUUUCUGUGCCCCCGGAAGAGAAGACAAAUUGUAACUAUACUGUUUAUUCCCUUCCAAACUCCGGUGGCCUGAGUUUUGUGCAGUCAUUUGUCUGCAACAUCAACAACACGUGUGCCAAUGAAGAGACUGCAGCAGAUAACACGGCAGCCGCGGGCACUGCUUCAGCUAGGUUGUCCACGCUGUUCGCAGAAAUGGAGCCGUUGCUAAAUGACAGCCGGACACGUAGUGUCCUCAAUGGGCUCCCACAGACAGCAACGCUUAUCAAAGCCCUGGCCACAACGCUGGAGACACCAGUAGUGCAGGAGUUUCUAGGGAAAAAUUGGACAGUGGCAGAGCUGUUUCGAAACCCUGAUGAAGUGAAAUCCUAUCUAGUGACACAGCUAGGAGUGCUACCGGAUUAUGUGGUGGAUAACAUAUUGGCUGCUACAUUAAACAUGACAGGGCUGUAUAAUCUGACUGGCAGCAUCAACUUCAAGAGCAUAGUGUGUGGUACAGACAUGUUGAAGAAAUAUCUUGUCUUCAGUUCUGCUGUAGAUGUCUCCGCUGUGUCCUCUAGUUUAUGUGGCAUACAAGAUGAUCUCAUUCCUGUCAUUGUGAACAAACUACAGACAGAAAUUGAUGUUGCAGAAAUUGUCAGAAUAGCUGCAGUGUUCAGUGAUCUGUAUGGAGAGUAUACACUGGGAAAGGGCCUAAGGGAUGUUGCCACAAUGAUUGACACAGUGCUCCAGUUGGCCUCGCUUCAGCCUUGGAACAGUGUUACGGAGUCUGACCUCCAGGCGGCGUCACUGUGGCUCAAGGCAGCCUCAAGCGUCGUCAGGUCUCUGGAGACUUCCCAGACACUGGAUUUUACAAGCAUCUCAGCCCUGUUAACGGCAGGAAGCUCUCACAUUCAGAACAGCAGCUGGAGCUCAAUUGGACCCAUGGUCAAUGUAGCAAACUUAAUGAUUGUCACUUUUAAUGACCAACUGGACAGCAUGAAAGCUAUGUACAACAGUUCCUCCAUGUUUGGCAAGUUAAUGAAUUAUACCAUCAUGUAUGGGCCAGACUACAUUGAAGCUAUGGCAGUUACUAUGCUGGAUGAGCAAAAGCUUACCCAACUAAGCUUAAAUGCAGACAUGAUUGGGCUGUUCUGUAACUACACAGAGUUUGUGAAGUACUUCAGUCUGCCGUCUUAUGUACCUGUGUCACAAAUUCACACAGAGGUCUGCACCAACAUGGCCGCCCUCAGUGCUCAUAUGACAGCUGCUAUGGGUGGGAAUUGGGCUACAGCUAUGGCACAGUUUCACACAGCACUUAACAGCACAGCCAGUUCAGCUGAUCUCCAGACCACCCUGAACAAUGGGAAACAACUACAGAGCAAUCUAGAGAGCUUCUUCACUGUGCAGUCUGAAACAAUGGCACAUUUACAGAAGGUCAACUGGACAAGAUUCUUGGAAGCUUUUGGGAAAUAUGAUGCUGCAGUGAAGACCCUCAUGAAUUCAUAUAUGAAUGAUUCUUCCAGCUACAAUCAGUAUAUGUAUAACAUGCUGAGUGCAAUGGAUGCCAGGAUGGACCAGAACAACACUCACUGGCAGAUGAUGAAGAUGAACAUGUUUAUAACAGAUCAUGUCAUACAACACAUGAAUCAGCAGCUUCUGAGACAGCAGGCCAUGUACAGUCAGAGCACAGCUAUUUUCCAACUGGUCAAUCAUACACUGACUCAUGGAGUGGACAUUAUCCCAGCACUGGUCACUGCCAUGAUGGACACACAAAAGGUUCUCAACCUGACGUCAUUCACAGAUCCACUUGCAUUGAUUUGUAAUCCCAGCAUGCUUCAGUCCAUUUUGGCGCUACCUUCAUCUGUGCCAGUCACGGAGAUGACAUCACUGAUAUGCACCAAUGUCACCACCAUCAUAGCACAGAUUACUGCUGAUGUUGGAACAGUGACACAGUGGGGUCAAAACCUGACGGCUCUCCUGAAUGACACCUCUGCCGUGUCCAGCUUCAACUUCACUCACCUGUCCAUUCAUUCCACCGAGUUACAGACCAACAUGAUGACCUUUCAGCAGAGUGUGGCGGCAGACAUCAGCCGUCUGAUGACUCCUGGCAGUAUCAGUGUCAACUGGACACAAGUGACAGAAAAAUUGGGGUCUUUUGGUGCCGCUCUUCAGACUAUGUUUACUUCAAUGGGGAAUGAUCUAUCAUCAAUCACCACAAUGCUGGAAACCCUGGAUACAGCCUUAAUGAAUGUGACAUCUUGGAGAACACUCAAACUUUACAUGUCCAUCAUGAACACAGCAGUGACGGCUGUAAAUGCGGACAUGCAGAAUGCAUUAGCUAAUGGAAUGCGUGUGAGGGACCUACUACCCACAGCUGACUGGCUCCAUGAUUUCAUCAAUACUACCAUCCUGGCCACCAAGGACGUGGUUGACCACUAUGCCAGUAGCAUGGUGUCUCCAGACCAGGUCCUGUUGGGUCUACUUCAAAUUCCAGUCUUAGAUAUCCAAGCUGACUCUGUUCAAACUACAGAUGUAACCAAUGAAACCCUUAGUAAUGUUACUGAAUCAGCCAAUCAAACCCUUACCAAUGUUACGGAAUCAGCCAAUGAGACCAUUACCAAUGUAGCAGAGAGUGUUGUGCAGAUGACCUUCAACAUUUGCAAUAGCAGUGUUACAAUUGCAUCUCUGUUGGGUGUCACCAACUCUGCCAAUCUGGAUAGGCUGCACGAAAUGGUUUGCAAUUCCACCAUACAGACGGCAAUGUUAACUGAGCUAAUGAGUGACCCAGCAUUAUCUGCUAUACUACAGAUACAAUCUGUUAAUCUCACUGAAGUGCCAAAUGUCCAACUGAACUGGACAGCGGUCCAAGGCAAUAUGAACGCCUUGAUGGCCACCUUUAUGCAGCUGAUGUCCUACAAUGGCACGUACCUUACAGACACACCCAUCACCUCUCUCCUGGUGUCACUGGAGACACUACAGCAGUCUAUGAUGCAGUUCAAUGUGACAAGUUAUUUGAACAGCUUGAGCAGUCUUUAUACAAUUCUGGAUGAUCCCAGCUUGGCCAACAACAGCAUGUUGUCAAGUGUCCUGAAUGUGACCCAGAGCUACUUAGGCACCAUACAGAGUCAGCUAGAUCUCAUGUCAGCACAGUUGGAGAAAAUUAAUGCUAAUACUACCUCCAUCAUAGUCCUGGAGGAUAUUCUCACUGCUGAGGUGAGAAAGGUUACUGCACUCAUUGACAACUUACCUGUACUGGUCCAGUUUGCCUUGGAGUUUGUCACCACUGAACAUAGGAACUUUUCUCAGUUUAACCAAAGUCAAGAGAAUAUCAUCAUGUCCAUUUGCUACAAUGUAACCACUUUUGAGGCAUUUUUUGGAGUGAACACCACCAACAGUGAGGUGAAUUCAACACACCUGCAGUCUCUGCUGUGUGAGGCACUACAGCUGAAUACAAGUACACUGGUGACAGAACUGACUCAGAGUCAGAGCACAGAGGUUGCCAAUAUGAUCAUGUCAGCAACUGGGCAGGCCACGGCUGCCAAUUUUACUACUCUACAGAAUAGCAUCAGCCGGUAUAUGGCAGCUCUUGCUGCAGUCCAGUCUCUCAAUAUUACCAUCCCACAGUUUAGUCUGACAGGAAAUGAUGCUGACAACUUUAAUGUCACCAUGUGGCAGCCCCUGGUCAUGAGUUAUCUACCAAGGUUGAUGGAGCAUGUAACUACAAACAUGGGGUCGACUUGUGAUGCGGUGAUAUCUUUGGUAGCCUCUCAACAUGGAGGUACGAUGGACAUGAGUGGCCUCUAUAUUAACAGCCAGGUGACAGAUAUGAUACACAACCUGGUGGUUCAAGGAUCAGGUCUUAGUGGACUUCUCUGUGACUACAUGUCUAUGAAUAGUACAGCAACUAUGAUGACUGCAAUGGACAUACAGACUAGGAUUAUGAAUAUUGUACAAGUCCUCAGUAACUCCAGCAUGCAGACUGGAAAUGACACCAACAGUACCAGCAGCACCGUGUCUUUACCAUUCUCCUGUAGUGCCACACUGGCUAAAGAGACAGAGAUCAGAAAUUACAUCACCAACUGGAUUAACAGCACCAAUAUCACUGCCCUGGCAAUGUCUUGUAUGCCACAGAGUUAUGGGGAUAUUGUGUCAGGGACUUGCAGCAGUCUGGAGAGUAUGUUAAGUGCAGACCCAGGUUACAGCUCCAUGGCGUCAUACUUUGCUGCAGUGGCACCUGUGCUGGAGGAGGUGUCUAACCAGCUGAUGGGUAGUGGAGACAUUAAUGAUUUCCUCUGUGAUGCUGUAUCUGGUGAUGUCUCAGCCUCAAUGAGUAGAGCCAUGUCUAUACAACAGAGCAUGCAACAGCUGCUGUCCCUGAUUAACAGUACCAGUAUGGACGUUAGCAACAGCAAUAGCAGUAACAGUACUGUAACACCGUAUACUGUCAGUUAUAACUGCUCUGAUGCCAUAGCUCUGGUGACUAAACUGACAGGCCUUGCUAACCCUGCAACAUGGGCUCUUAACUACACCAGAGUUGUACAGUGUAUGCCCUCAUUCACUGAUACAUCAUUCCUGACUGAUACCUGUUCCUCAGUGAGUGCCAUGUUGGACCCUGCAACUAAGACCAUGUUUGCACUAGGGAACCAAGCAGCCAAGAUGGUCCAUCAGCAGGCUCUGGCACAUCUGGAUUUCCCUGGACUAGUGUGUGAUGCUGUGACCAUGAAUCAAGCUGGACUUAUGGCUAAGAUAACCAGCCUAAAUACAACUGCCAUGGACAUCAUGGCGAUGGUGUCAGCUGUAAUGAAUGGUACAGAAACCAUUAGUUUCAACUGCUCAGAGAUCGUGUCCUUAUCCACAACCUUGACAGAUUUCAUCAACCACACAGCAACCAACUUCAACAUGUCUGCCAUGACCAGUUGUCUGAUGGCCUCUCAAGAUGUUUCCAAGAUGAACACCACAGCUAUGUUAUAUGGCAGCUGCGUGCAGGCAGCUUCCACAGGGGCUUUACCCAUGUUUGCCUACAUGCAGGCAUAUUUGGAACUGAUGACAGAUUAUUAUGGAGUGAUGGAGGAAAUGAUGUGUUACGGAAUGUCUAUGAACGUUACUGCAUUGAUGACAACUGUGACACAGUUGCAGAGUGAUCCUGUUUUUAUGACAAAGAUGGGAGAAAUGAUGACCAUGAAUUUCUCUUCUCCGGUUAGCUGUGAUAGUUUGGCUAGUAAUUUCCACUCUGUGAUGACAAAGAUGAACGCCACCGUGCACAAUGGGGCUGCAAUGUUCACCAAAUGUAUGGCCCCAGACAUGGCACAUAUGGACUUUGGAACAAUGAUGAAGCAGAUGCUUGUCCAGGUCAAUGGGUACAUGAGCUCUGAUCCCAACAUGGCCGUCAUAUGGACUCCUAUGUACCUGGUACUACAAAAUGUCCUCAGUAACAGCACUUGGACAUCCAUGACCAGCUUUUCCUCUAUAUUGAGUAGUAAUCCUGGUCACCUGCCUGACCUGGCUCAGAUCAGUGGAGCUUCCUCACAGUUGAUUGCAGCACUCAUGAAUUCCACGUUCAAUGUUAAUCCAACAACCAUAGCAGCAAUGAGCCGAGAUGACUUAGAGUCAGUGCUGUGUAAUGUGACAGCCCUCAGUCAGCUGAUCUCUCUCCACCCCGCCUUUCAACUGACAACUGCCAACAUCAGUGCUGCCAUCUGUGGGCCAAAUAAAAAUGAAACCAUCAGCACCCUUGCUCAGAUGCUGGACAUCCAGAAGGUCGCCAUGGCCUUUUUGGAGACAGGCGUACCUUCUUCCUUCAACUCACAGUGGGCCUUGUCUGUGCUGAACACUACAACAAAUCUGGUGACUAGCUUGUCAGAAUUCACUCAGAUUGCUACACUGAUGACCAACUUUAAUGUGGAGUCCCUGGCAGCAGCAGCACCUAGUCUUGUGGCUUUCUUCAAUGGUGGAGGAGCAGAGACAGUCUUUACCAAUCUGGAUCUGCUGAUAAAUGAUUUCAAGAACAUAGUUGGCAAUGACAGCACUGCUCGGGCAUUGUUGAAUGAUGCACAGAUUAUGUCUGCUGGCAUCAAAGGUCUCUACUUGCUUCAAAACUUCUUUCCAUUGCAAGUUCAACUGAAGCAAGUAUUUUUGAAUGAAACAGCUAUGGAGGUAUUCCUCACUGACACAGUCAACUUGCCCAGUACUGUCGCUCAGGAAAUCCUAGCAGCUAACUUGUCUUUUGCAGAGAUGAUCAACUUGGGUCAAGCAGAUCUGAAUGUUAAGAGCAUAUUCUGUGAUCCUCAGAAGCUUGGGAAACUGCUCAUCCUUAACAACACAGUGUCCAAUGGGGUAACCAUGGCAACUGUUUCCACAGCUCUGUGUGCCAUGAAUGAGAAUCAGACUGCAAGUAUAACCCAGCAGCUACUCAGCAUGUUGGAGGUUGGAGAACUUGUCAAGAGGUUUGUUACCUCCAGUGUUGACUCCUUAAUUCAUCAGUAUAACGUGUCAUCAGAAGACAUCAGGAGUGUGUUCCAGACAGGGACCAGUAUUCAACCUAACCUGACUGUUGCCUUGAGCUCUGUCACCAACUACACUAAUGGCUUGAAUGUCUUCAAUUCAGCGGAUGGAACUAUAUCUGGUGCACAAGCUGUGCAAGGAAUGUCUGAAAUGCUAUGUGGGACAGAGACAGCCUUCGACAUAUCAUCCUCGUUUUCAAGGGAGUCUGCCACUGGGGAGAGUCCCAGCACCAGUUCAUCUACUAGCAGCUCUGCUCUGUCUAGUAUGGAAAUACCUACAGACCUUCCAGCCUCUUGUGAAGCCUUGUACCAACAGAUCCAGAGUGUUGACUCUGGCGCCAUCAUCUGGACAUACAUGGAACCAUUGAUGCGAGGGAAGGUGCCAUUUUAUCCAGCCACAUCAGAAUAUGCUGCCAUUAUGUCUGAGACCAACUCUACUUUUGAAUCCCUGGCAACAUUUGUUGAGUUAGCCAAAUCCUGGGCUAAUGGAGUCACUGGUCUUCAAGAACUGCUCAAUAUUUCCUCCCAGAUGACAGUUAUAGAGAAUGCAUUGAAAAGUAACUCCUUCGUCGGUGGUGCUUUGGAAAAUGCCUUUGGUGUCUCAGUGGACGACAUGAUGAGCAGCUUAAACAGCUUCUCAUCCUUCUCAGCAGAAGACCUGACAAAACUGAAGGCAAUGGCUGACCUGAUUGUCAACUACACCGAGUGUUUUGAUUUGGACCGUAUGGAGGGUUACAGCUCAGAGGCAGAGCUGGAAGACAGAGUUCAAGCAUUGGGAUCUGGAAGUCUUAUGGGAGCUGUGGUGUUCAGAAACUCCUCCAGCAGCACCAGUAGCAGGAAGAAGCGAGCUACAGCUUCCAUCCCUAAGCAUGUCAAGUAUGAGAUUAGGAUGGACAUUGAUAACGUGGCCAGGACUGAUAGAAUGAGAGAUCUUAUUUGGAGACCAGAGCCAUCUGAUGAUUUUGGGGAGGACAUGAGGUACAUGCGUGGUUUUAUCCAGCUCCAGGAGAUGGUAGAGCAGGCAGUGAUCAAAGCACACACAGGGAAGACUGACUUACCUGCAGUUAACCUACAGCAGAUGCCCUUCCCAUGCUAUGAGAAAGAUGACUUUAUGUACUACAUGGCCAAUUACCUGUUCCCUGUGAUCAUGUGUCUGUCCUGGCUGAUAGUUGUAGCUGUGUCAGUGAGAGGGGCUGUGUAUGAGAGAGAGAAGAGCAGGAUGGAGAUUCUCCAGAUCAUGGGCCUCCGCCCUGUGCUCAGCUGGCUAUCUUGGGCCUUGCUGGUCUUUGUAGAAAUGCUGAUCCUGUCUAUAAUGGCACUGUUCCUGCUAAAGGUGUCUGGGUCUCUCAGGCACACUGACAUGGGGAUCUUCUUCCUCUUCUGCUUGGACUUCUCUCUGGCAUCCAUGGCUGUGAGUUUGAUGGUGGCAGCCUUCUUCACCAGUCCUGGUCUGGCCAGUCUCACUGCCGUCAUGGUCUUCCUCAUCAUGUACCUGCCUUAUGUCAUCGUCAUCAGCAUGGAGGUGCAUAUUACCUUGGCUGGGACAGUUGUUCUUUGCCUGUUCUCAAACACAGCCUUUGCCUAUGCUCUGGCCAUCAUGGGACGGUAUGAACAGCAAGGCGUGGGCAUCAACUGGAAUAAUGUGAUAGUAAACCCAUACAAAGGGGUAGACAUGAGUUUUACUGGAGCCUGCAUCAUGAUUCUAGUGGAUGCCAUCAUAUACCUCUUGAUAGCUCUGUUUGUCCUUAUUGCUGUACCAAAGAUUAAAAUGAGACUGAGAAAAAGGAACAAAGUAUCUGAUGAGCCUGGAAAUUCACAGUUUAUGUUCUCUGCUGAUUCUCGUGUGGUGGAGCCCCAGGUAAAUAGCCUCCCUGUAGGUAUAUCACUGACUGGAGUGACCAAGGUGUUUACAGAGAAUGGCAAGGUGGCUGUGGAUGACCUAACACUGGACUUUUACCGUGGUCAGAUCACUGCUUUCUUAGGCCACAAUGGGGCAGGCAAGACCACUACCAUCAACAUGCUGACUGGUAUUGUGGCGCCCUCUCAAGGCACUAUCGUCGUUGAUGGGAAGGACAUCUCUAAAGAGUUCAGUAAACUGAGGGGACAUGUGGGAUACUGCCCACAGGAGGAUGUCUUGUUCAGCUACCUGAAUGUCCAGGAGCAUCUUAUGUUCUUUGGCAGACUCAGUGAGAAGUACAGCAAAAGUGAACUGAAAAAUAAAGUGGAAGAGAUGCUGAAAGAUAUAAAGAUGGAGCAUGUUAGGAAGGAGGUGGCAUCUAACUUGUCUGGUGGUAUGAGGCGUCGUCUGUCUGUUGCUGCAGCUUUUAUUGGUGGAGCAGAAACCAUUGUACUGGAUGAACCAACUGCUGGUGUGGACCCUGCUGCCAGGAGAGCAAUAUGGGAACUGAUAUUGAAAUAUAAAGAGGGCAGAACAAUUCUGUUGUGUACCCACCACUUGGAUGAAGCAGACGUUCUCAGUGACAGAACAGCCAUUAUUCAUAAGGGCAAACUCCUAUGUGUUGGCUCUCCCUUGUUCUUAAAGAGACACUUUGGAACUGGACACAAACUGACCAUUAGUAAGAAACCAGGAGCAGUUGGGGAUGAAUCAUCUCAGAAAAUCCUUGAUUUUGUCACCCGCCAUCUUCCACUGGCUUCACUCAUUGAGGAAGUUGGUACAGAGAUGACAUUUGGACUUCACCUGAACCAGGGACAGUCAGGAACACUGGAGAAGUUCUUCCUUGUGUUGGAGGAAAAUCCAGAAUUCAAAAACAUUGUGAAUGGUUACGGAAUCUCAGAAACAACCAUGGAAGAGGUAUUUUUGCAAGUUUGUUCAAAUGCAGAAUCUGGAAGACUACUGAAUACUGAGCUGGAUGCCUCUGUGGAUAAAGAGGAAACCCCUACAGAACAGAACAGAAUAACCAGAACAUGGAGCAUGGAGGCAACUGAGAAAACACCCAGAGCAACAGGAAUCAGGCUGAGGCUACAGCAAUUUGGAGCUCUGAUUGUGAAAAGAUUCCACCAUUACAGGCGAGACUGGAAGACAUUUGUCCUUGGGUUGAUCUUGCCCAUGGCGUUUCUGAUCCUGGCACUUGGUCUGUCUUUGAUCAAACCUCAGAUGGCUGACAUGCCUUCCAUCCCCUUGAUGCCCUCUUUGUAUGAUCCAGACCAUGUGUUUUACAAAAUUGAGAAUCCAACCCCAUUCAAUCAACGCCUAGCCUCCUUCCUGACUCAGGACAUUGGUCUGGGCACUAGAUGUAUGCCAGAUUUUGAUGAAAAGAGUUCCUAUCCCUGCUCUAACACAGCUGAACCUGGGUUUGUCACUGGUGCCAAUAACUCUGACUGGCUGCCAUUGUGUCAUUGUGAGGGAGGCAAGCAGAUAUGUGAGGGAGGAUCUAAUACUAACCCUCCACAUAUGUCACUGAACUCCACCGAGAUCUUGUACAACCUAGAUGGAUAUGAUGUACAGGACUAUCUUGAGAGAACACAUUUUGACUUUGUCGAGAAAAGAUAUGGAGGGUUCACGUUUGGCAAUGCCAGCUCCAACUUGGAUGUGGACCAGAGCAUCACAGUUCAUUACAACACCAAGGGCUAUCACGCCAUGCCUGCCUUCUAUAACACCAUCAGUAACCUCCUCCUGAGAGCCAACAUUGACCCACUGACACAGGGAGACCCAGAGGAGUAUGGUAUCACUGUAUAUAACCAUCCAUAUAAGUUGAGUAAGGAACAGCUGUCCAAAGAAGCACUGAUUAAUAAAUUAGCAGAUCUGGGCAUUGCACUGAUGAUCCUGAUUUCGUUCAGUUUUAUACCGGCUUCUUUCACCCUGUACCUGGUCUUGGAGCGGGUGUAUCACGAGAAAAGACUGCAGUUUGUGUAUGGAGUGAAGUCUUUGACUUACUGGGCAGCCACCUUUGUGUGGGAUUAUCUGGUAUACUUAGUAGUGGUUGCUGUGGCCGCAGGAAUCCUGGCUGCCUUCCAAAUUGAUGCGUUUUCUGCUAAUCUUAAUCUAGCUGCUACAGUUUCACUGCUCAUCAUGUUUGGAUUUGCAUGCCUGCCCCAGAUGUACUUGAUCCAGAUGCUGUUCAAAGAUGCCUCCAUGGUUUUCCUGACUCUGUUCUCGUUCAAUCUGGCCACUGGAUUUGUCACCAGUCUCAUUGUGUUCAUGUUCAGCAUGUUCCCUACCCUGACAACUGCAUCUGAUGUCAUAGGCUAUGUGCUGGUUGUGCUUCCACAGUUUGCUUUGACAUCUGGUUUGGUAAAACUCCUGAGAAACCAACUGAUAGCUGAUGUGUAUCAGAACUUUGGACAGAAUGCCUACCAGAACCCAUUCAACAUUGAUUUUCUUGGUAUCAACUUCAUUUUCCUGGCGGUGAAUGGUCUGGUCUACAUGAUUUUGUUGAUAGUGCUGGAUGAUAAAGUAUGCUGCAACACUGGAGUCAAAGAGCAAAAAAACCAUUCACAUGUGAAAGAAGAUGAAGAUGUCACUGCAGAGCGCAGGAGAGUGGCUUCUAGUGCACAGAAUGACACCAUGACAUGUAACACCAUAUCUAAGGUGUACAGGACUAAAGGCCUGAGUAAAAUAUUGGCAGUGGACAAGGUUAGCUUUGGUGUCCAGAGAGGAGAGUGCUUUGGUCUACUUGGAGUGAAUGGAGCUGGCAAAACUACGACAUUUAAGAUGAUCACUGGAGACUUGAAGCCAUCUGCUGGGGAUAUUGAUGGGCAAGCUCUGUGUGGUGAUGUAGGGUACUGUCCACAGCUUGACCCAAGCACCUACCUGACUGGAGAGGAGGUCCUUACUUGUUAUGGCAAACUGAAAGGAUUGCAGGGAGCAGAUCUUAAUAGGGCUGUGGAGACAAUCAUUGACAUCCUUGGACUACAUGAGUUUGUGAAGAGGAAAGUACUGACCUACAGUGGUGGACAGAAACGGUCAGUGUCCACUGGUGUGGCUAUACUGGGCAAUCCAGCCAUGGUGCUUCUGGAUGAACCCACAGCAGGCAUGGAUCCUAAGACCAGGAGGAAUGUAUGGAAGGUGAUUCAGGAAACUGUGAACAGUGGAAGAUCUGUGCUUCUCACUUCACAUAGUAUGGCUGAGUGUGAAGCACUAUGCAGCAGACUGGCCAUUAUGGUGAAUGGGAGUUUCAGGUGUCUGGGAAGUCCACAGCAUAUUAAGAACAAGUUUGGAAAUGGGUACACUGUGAACUUGAGGAUGAGGAGUGAUGGUUCAGAUGUGAAGGCUGUGAGAGCUGCUCUAACCAGUAGAUACCCAGGAGCUGUGAUAAAGGACCAACAUUACAACACAGUAGUGGUCAGCAUCCCAGGACAGAGCACCAAGCUGUCAGACAUCUUUGGUUUCCUGGAGAGAGCGAAAGAGGACUUAGGGAUAGAAUAUUAUGGUGUAUCACAGACAUCACUGGACCAGGUAUUCGUCAACUUUGCCAAAAAACAACAUGAUGGCAUCACAGAUGAAAUGGAAGAUGAAGAAAAUGAACAGGGCAGUACUUCAGGCCAAUGUCAAGACCCAGAAAAUAAAUUUGUUGAUUACAACAAUGCACCUCCACCAAAGUCACACAUUUUAUAUGAACAGAAUAUAGUGCAGGUGGCACCAGAUUACUUGGAAUUGGCAGCAGAGAAAGCCAAGACAAAACCUCUUCCUCCUCUGAACAUCAGCCCUGGGAAACUCCCUCUGAUAAAUGAGAGUUCUCUAAAGAAUGGCUUAACUGAUCCAGUGGUUGUUGCAACUGAUGAAAACUUACCACCCAAACAGCAAACAGGGUCACAGAUAUCUGUGAAGUCCAAGUCCUCUAACGAAACAGCUUCCAGCUCUGGCGUAAGCAGGAAACAAUCUGAAGUUGCCGCUGAUGAGGUUCUGACCACCAAGCAACUGACAGAGUCACAAGUGUCUGUGAAACCAGGUUCUUCCAAGCCUGCAUCAGCCAGCAGCAGCACCAGACCACAGUCUAGUGAUUCAGCUCAUUUCAAACAAAAUGGAUCUCAACUAUCCGUCCAAUCAGGAUCCUCCAAAUUGUCCAGGCCAGGGUCUGGGAUGGUGACAACUGGAUUGGGCAGCCAAAGUACUCUAGUUCCAGUGGAAUCUGUUUCAGAGCAAACAACCAUCCCCGAACUGCAUACAUCUGCGUCAGUUGAAAAGCAGAAGACGGAAAUUUCUGUGGCGACUGCUAGAGGGGUCAACCCUGGUUUACCCACCACUCCUGCACCAGUGGAACCCUUGGAAGCAGACUUAACUGGAACAAACUUGUAAACUGCUUCACAGAAGUACCUUUUGUGUCCUGUUUCUAUAUAUUUCAAGAAAGGAUUAUCUGGAAAAAGGUUUCUUUUUUGUUUAAAGUGCUAUAAUUGAAAACAAAUAUCAAUGCAAGUUGAAAUGUAUUCUGCAAGAUGUCAUUUUUUCAUCAUUAUUUACACCAUGAAGAAAAACAUAUAUAUAUAUCUAAGUGACUGCAUACCUUUUUUAUAUACUGUUACAUAUGUAUUUGAAAUUGGAUCUAACUUUAAAAUAUCCAUAAGUCUUUAUCUAGAUUAAUGUUUUUAUCAUUUAAAAUGGUCUUGAAAUUACCAAAAGGUGGUUUCAAAAUUUUUUAUUGUUGAUUAUUGGUAACUUUUUGCUCAUUUAUCUUUUUUAGUGAUGCCGUCCUAAAUUUUCCAACUACGUAUGCUUUUUAUGCAUUGUUAUAUACGUAGAUGGAUUUUGUGAAUUCUAUUUCGUACAUGAUGCCAUCCAGAAGUUAUCAACUACACUUUUAUGUAUUGUUUUUAAUGUGAAGAUUGAGAUAAAUAUAUAGAUAUAAUUUAUAGAUUCAUAUUGUUUUAGAAAGGAGCCCUUUUCAUCUAGUUUAAAGAUCAAACAUAUAUUUUGGAAGUAUUUAGGGUUUGCAGGCCCAGACAGCUGGAUUGUGUGUUAUUUUUUAUAUUUUUUAUACAGAUAGAUAUGCUUCUAUGUGUUGUGUUUUUUGGAAUGUAUUAUGUUAUCUUGACUGGAGCAAGAUAUAUAUUUGGAAAUGUAUUAAUAGAAAGGAAUUUAUGUUUGAAUUACCUCAUGGAUAUAGUUCAUAUAUUUUACCUUUAACGUUUGUGUUUUUUACAUUAUUUUGCUGACCAGAUGGCCUUGUCAGAGUAUUCACCUCCAGAUGAGAGGACAUGGGCACCAGUCCUUUAUAAACAAUAUCUGCUGUCUCCACACUUGGUUCUCAGUACUAAGGGGUUGAAUCAGGGGUAAAGUUCCUGGUCAGACAGUAAAAUGGUAUCGUCUGUUUGCUAGCUUGAAGGUGGGAACAUCUAUACACCCAGACUGUAUCAGGGCCAAAAUAUCUCUAGGCGUCUAAUGUAAACUGCACAGAGAUGCAUGUGAAGUGUGGAAUAUAAACAUUGGACUUUUACUUUUGUUUAACUUGGCCAUUCACCAUGGUUCACUUUGUAUAAAUUUGUAGGGCAUUACAUAUGUGUUAUGAAAUAUUAGGAAGUAUAUAUUUAUGAUAUGUUUGACUUAUAGGAGACUGGAGUUUUUUCUUCCCAAAGGAAGCAGAUAUGAUUUUAUUGAUGUGAGAUAUAUAUAUAUAUACUUACAUACUUGUUAUUUGAAUGUUACCAUCACGAUAGUUGGGGAAUUGUAUCCUGUCGUAUGCAUUUAAUAAAGGU